AUGGAUAAAGGAGAGAUUCCAGAGGACGCCAACGAGCAUUGCCCAGGUCCCCAAGAUGAAACUGCUGGAAAGUCAGAGUCUUGCGCAGGUUGCCCUAAUCAACAAGCAUGUGCCAGUGGCACUGCCCCUAUGGGACCUGACCCAGAUUUGGAUGCUAUAGCUGAAAGAAUGGCUACCGUGAAACACAAGAUUCUGGUUCUUUCUUGCAAAGGUGGUGUUGGCAAGAGCACAUUCUCAGCACAGCUCUCAUUCGCCCUAGCCGGAAUGGACCAUCAAGUAGGCCUAAUGGACUUAGACAUAUGCGGUCCAAGCAUGCCGAAAAUGUUAGGGCUCGAAGGGCAAUACAGUCACAAGAGCAACUUCGGAUGGGACCCGGUUUAUUUGGAAGGUCUAGACAACCUCGGUGUCGUGUCAAUAUCUUUCAUGUUCCCCGACUCUGAUGGUGAUCCUGCCAUCUGGAAAGGUCCACGCAAGACCGGACUCAUCAAACAGUUUUUAAAAGACGUUUACUGGGGAGAUCACGUUGAUUACCUUGUGGUUGAUACCCCACCAGGAACCUCAGACGAACACAUCACACUCGUCAAGUGCCUUACGGGGAUCGACGGUGCUAUCAUCCUUACUACUCCCCAGGAAGUCGCCAUGGCUGACGUUAGAAAGGGAGUGAAAUUUUGCAAGAAAGCUGGGGUCAAUGUGCUAGGAGUAGUGGAGAACAUGAGUGGUUUAACUCAACCGGUGAGUGAUGUCAAGUUCAUGAAGCUGACGACAGAGACCGGCUCUUCCGUGGACGUGACGCAAGACAUGAUCUCUUGCGUGAGAGAGAAUGCACCAGAGCUACUUGAUGGUGUCUUUGUGUGGAGCCAAGUGUUUGACAGCAGUGGAGGAGGUGCUGAGAGAAUGUGUGAGGAGAUGGGAGUGCCGUUUCUAGGGAAAGUUCCUUUGGAUCCACAGCUUUGUAGAGCAGCAGAACGAGGUAAGUCAUGUUUUGAGGCUAACAAGUGUUCUGUUAGCGCGCCUGCGCUUAAGAGCAUCAUAGAGAAAGUUGUUGCUUCCAUAAAGAUGAAGGAUGACCUGAGUGGAGGAGAGAACAAAGAGACCCCAUAA